AUGCCCCAGCCCGACUGCCCUCUUCUCUCUCUGCCCUCCGAAGUCCGUCAGAUGAUCUGGCAAUACGUGUUCGAGUAUGAUGAUCAGGAUACCAAUCGUCUCUCCUCGGAGCAGCUCGCCCUCCUUGCAACUUGCCGGCUCAUCAACUUCGAGGCGAUCCACCUAGCUCUGCAGAACACGAACUUCCAGCUCACAUGUCCGGCAUCGAAGUCGUUGAGUUAUCGCAAUGGACUCAGGCACCUUGGCCCUCUCCAGCUCCAUCUCCGGUACAUCACCAUCACCAUGCCCAUCGAGAAGAUCAAUUGCGGUCCCAACAACCCAUUCCUCUUGACGCAGCUGCCCCUCACAAAGUUGACCAUCAUCCUCACGGACAAUGUGUCUUAUUCACAGCGCCAAGGGCCCCACGCGGCGUCUUUCGAUCUGCGGUACCAACUCGUCUCGGCGCUGCUCUACCGUUCGCCUCCCAGCACGACCCAGACCGUCGAGGGAGGAAUCUCAACCGUCACCCUCCAAGGUGAUACCACAGAGAUCUAUCUCUCCCGCCUGCAAAGUCUCGCCCGCACCGUUAGCGUCAAGACCUGGAACUUCGCCCCAACGAAGGACAUGCUCUACGACGUAAUGGCGCACUGCCGCGCGCACGACGUGGAAGUCCGCUAUCAGAACACGCACAUAUCGGACUCAAGCACGACCUAUUGGUUGUGGAGGGCCUUGACGCACUUCCAGCUAGUCGAUAGCCGUAUUAAGAUUCUGAGGUUCAGGGGUGUGGCGGGCCUACUGGGUGGUGCCGAUGGCGCGAUGGCGGUGCGUGAGACUGAGGCCAGCAGGCAGAAGGAACGUCUCUUUGGGUGGGUGUUCUAUAACCGCGGGAACUGUGAAGUGAUGCGGAUUGCUGAGGCGAAGGAAUUGGGUUACCGGGCGAGCGAUGAGGCAUAA